AUGGUCGCCGAUCCGUUCAGCUUGCCCUCGCUCCAGGAUGCUGUCGCCGCAGUCCACUCGGCCAAAGCGGGCCGCAUCACCUUGCCAGAGCUGAAAGCGAGGCUCCCCGAACGAAACGACGCUUACUACGAGCACCGCAGCGACCCCUGGCUUGCAUUCGAAAAGACAAGAACCCUGCCCGUUCCCCCAGAAAUCUUCGACGGCAUCAAGGGUCUCGCCCCCAUCGCCAGGCAGGCCCUCUUCCCCGACAUCCAGCGCGCAUGCAUCACCAUCGACCACCAGCUCUACCUCUGGAACUAUGCCGAGGGACAGUCGGCCUUCGAGUACCACUCGCUACCAGACGACCAGCUCAUCCUCGCAGUCGGCGUCAUCCCCGCCAGGCAAGGCGUCUUUAUCGACCAGAUAAAGCACCUCCUCGUCAUCAGCACCGGUUCUUUUCCUCACGUCGGAAGGUCCCUCACCCUUCUCGGCAUCGAGUUCAUCCAGAAAGCCGAUGGCCAGUCCGAGGUCAAGCUCUACGAGACCGGAAUGAGCGCAAACACCAACGGCGUCGUCCUCACCGAGAUCCACGGCACCGCCGCCGGCAGGAUCUUUGCCGCCGGGUCCGACAACUGCCUCUACGAGCUCGUCUACCAGGCCAGCGAGGGCUGGUUCAGCAACAAGUGCUACCUCCGCAACGUCACCAGCCCCAAGUUCUCCAACCUCCUCCCCACCUUCAUCAAGGCCGAGAAGCGCCUCGACCGCAUCGCCGUCGACGACGCCCGCAAUCUCCUCUACACCCUCCGCGAAGGGUCCCUCAUCGAAGUCUUCCACCUCCCCUCGCGCGACGCAUCCAGGGCACCCAACAAGACCGGCAGCGUCGAGGGCGUCACCAAGCAGUCCGGCAUCACGCACUCGCAGCAGGACGUCGGCGACAUUGUCUGGAUCGGGCCGGCGGAACACGACCCGCGCACCAACGUGGCCCUUAUCGCCGUGACGACGAGGGGUUACCGGAUCUUCUUUGACGACUUUCAAGGGAGGACGUGGGCGCCCUUCCAGGUGCGCAUGCCGCCGGGCCUGGCAGCGCCACUGCAGCCUCAACAGCAGCCAUCACAGCCCGGGCAGCAGAACGCGCUGGCCCUCUCCGGCACAGGCCAGUCGCAGCUGCAGCAGCAGCAGCAGGCAGCAACGGCGGCAGGCAGGAACGUCUCGUCGGUCCUCUGCGCUGGCGACGUCUUCAUGCUGGCGUUCAGCUUCAACGCGGGCCUUUCGCAGGUCUGCUGCAUCACGCCCGCCCCCUCGGGCUCUUCGACGCCCGGCGCGCGCGUCGAGUCAGCCUCGUACAUCGACCUCGAGCUGGUCUUCAGCGCGCCGGUCAUGGCUGAGACCAAACCGCUCGGCUCAGCGGCGGCGGCGGCGCCCUUCUCGGAGUGCGGCGAGCUCAUCCGCCCCACGGUGGCGCAGUUCCUUCGGCCACCGCGCAGCUUCCUCAUCCUCGACAACAACGGCUUGACCGAGGUCGUGGAGCGCAGGCCCAUCGACAUGCUCAAGGCGCUGCUCGAGUCCGGCAUGUCCAUCAACAGCGCCAUCAUGAUGGAGUUUCUCAAUACGUUUGGGCCCACCGAAUCUUGCGCUACUGCGCUCGCCAUUGCCGCCGGCAACUCGCAGGUCUCGCUCAAUCGACUGAGCGCCGGGGCCUUUGGCGGCGGCGGUCCCAAGGGCGCCGGCAGGAUGCUGAGCGAGGAAGUCAUGUCCCAGGCCUCGCGGAUCAUCUUUGGCCAGUGCGGCUCCUGGCCGGCGAUGACGACGCCACUCAACGCGCCGCGGACGUCGCGGCACGAGGGCCUCGCCCUGUACAUGGCCUGCCUGCUGGACCGCAUCUGGGACCGCCUGCUGGUUCCGCCGGCCCCCCCUGCUGCGGGUGCCAAGCCGAACGCCGCGGCCUCGAACGCCGUCACGCCCUACAAGUCGCUCGUCGCCUCUUCGGCCUCGACAACGGCGACGCAGCUCCCGCUCAAGAAGGAGGACCUCGAGGCUGCCCUGCUCGACCUGGCGCCGCUCUGCGAGUUUAUGCAGCGUAACGGCAAGCUCUUUAGCCUUGGCGGGCCCUCGUCCAGUCGGCUCGUACUCGGCGGUGCUGGCGGCACGGAAUACGACCAGGAGCGGGCCAUCAAAUCGGACCAGGAGAGCGUCGAGAGGAUCCAGGCGCUGGCACUGCGGACGGUCGAGGCGGUCAACUUUGUCCUCUUCCUCAUGGACCACGGCCUUCCGCCGCUGAUCAACGCCUGCUCUGCCGACGCCAAGAAGACGAUCUCGUCGCUGCGCUUCGGCCAGCUCCUGACGGCUCCCGAGGGCAAGAUCGUCUCCAAGGAGCUUGUCACGGCCCUCAUCGAGGCCAAGAUCGGCGCCCAGGCCAGCAUCGACGCCGUCGCCGACGGGCUCCAGUCGCGCUGCGGCAGCUUCUGCAGCGCCGACGACGUGCGCCAGUACAAGGCGACCGAGUGCAUCCGCCGGGCCAAGGAGACGCCGUCGGAGCAGGAAAAGGUCGACCAGCUGCGCCACAGCGAGCGGCUGCUGAGCAGGGGCGCGGGACAGCUGUCGACCGACAAGCUGCGGGCCAUCUGCGACGACUACCGCCGGCUCGACUACCCGAUCGGCGUCGUCGAUCUGGCGCUGCGAUGCGCGGCCGAGUGGGACCCGAACAACGUCGCGAUCGCCUACCGCGCCGAUGGAUGCCCCGCGGGUGCGGACAACGAGCCGCGCAAGGCCGUCUACGACCGGCGCAAGGCGGCCUACGCCAUCGUCUUUGAGACGCUCAAGGAGCUCGACGACCGGCUCGACGCCGCGCACAAUGUCCAGGACACCAAGGCACGCGUGCAGGUGCUGGUCGAUGCGCGCGACACGGUGCGCGGCGACGCCUACGCGCGCGCCGAGGCUUCCGACGACCCUCUGUUCCACGAGCAGUUUUAUGCCUGGUUGAUUGAGCGCCGGCUGACCGACCAGCUGCUCCAGCUGCGAACGCCAUUCCUCGCCGACUACCUCCAGGGCAUGCCGGCGGCCGACCACGCCAACGACGUGGGCUACGUGCGCACGCUGCGCGACCUGCUGUGGCAGCUCUACGUGCGCAACAGCGAGUUCUUUGCGGCGGCGCAGGUGCUCGAUGCGCUGGCGCACUCCAAGGAGUUUGGGUUGGAGCUGCGCGAGCGGAUCGAGUACCUGGCGCUGGCGGUGGGCAACGCCAAGUCGGUGGGGCCGCUGCAUGCGGGCAACCACGACGUGGUGACGUUCCUGUCGCAGGUCGAAGAGGACCUCGAGGUGGCCCAGGUGCAGGCCAAAAUCCUCCACUCGCUGCAGCAGCUGGCGGCCGACGACGCCGACGUCGAGCGGACCGAGUCGAUCGAGUGGCUCGACGACGAGCUUCUGGACCUCUCGACGCUCUACAAGAACUUUGCCGAGCCGUACGGCCUGCUCGAGGAGCAGCUCAUGAUCAUCGCGAGCGCCGAGUACCAAGACGUCGGGCUGGUGGCCGAGGUGUGGACGCAGAUCCUCACCCGCGAGCACGAGGCGGCGCGGCGGGCGGGCCAGGCCAACGCGGCGCGGGCCAUUGCGACGACGGUCAAGGACCUCUUUGUGCGGCUGGGGCGCAAGGACAAUGCGUGUCCCGUCGACGUCGUCCUCGACCUGCUGAUGCGCUACGCGUUUGAGCAGGACAACGACUUGCGCGUCGAGAACCCCGUACCGGCCUCGUGGCGCAAGCGGAGCAAGGGCGACCGCAACCUCGCCACGUCGCCGCUCGAGUCCACCAGCGGGUCGACGGUGCUCUCGGCGGCGGCAUCGUCGACGACGGCUGGCGCCAACAACAAUAGCAGCAACAACAACCUCGAGCUUCAGCAGCAGCAGCGGCAGGGCAAGGCGACGGCGACGGCGACGGCAGAAGCGGUGCCGACGGGCUGGGCGAGCACGACGCUGCUCUCGACGGGCUCGGAGCCGGAGCUGAUCCUCGACAUCCUGCAGGGAGCCAUGUCUACGGCGCCCCCGCCGUGGAACACGAACGCGGGCAACGCGUUCCUGGUGGCGGAGCUGGCCGAGUUCCUGCACGUCUGGAUCCAGGCGUCGCUGCAGCAGACGCGCCACUUUGCACCGGGUUCCGCUUCGAUGCUGGGCGGCCUCGGCGGCGGCGGCGGCGGUGGUAUUGGAGGAGGGGGAGGGGGAGGGGCGGGUAUGGCGGCGCCGCUUCCCGUUGAUCGGUUGUGGGAGCUGGUCAACUCGCAGAUUGUCAAGGUCGGCGCUGCCGUUGCCAACGUCGAUGCUGGCGCUGCUCUGCGAGGUGGUGCUGGCGGGGCUGUGGGAGGAGGGGGAGGGGAGGGCAAGGCAAAGGAGACGAUCAAGAGGUUGAGAGAGUGCAUGGAGCUCCUCAAGGUUUGGUUCUGA